CCACGUUUAUCGUUUUAUCGCAGCGAUACUCGGACUUAUCUCGACCUUGCGAUCGAGCGUAUCGCCCCAGUUUUUAACAUGUCGCUCGAUACACAACAAGACCGCCGGUUUAGCGGACUAAAAGGGGAUUGGAGUCGUAAAAGGGUUUCAGGCCGCCGGAGACGUUACACCACGCCGUUAGUGGUGCUGCAAUCGCACAAGGCCCACGCGACGGAACCACCGCGUGUUCGUACUACUGACGUUACUCACCGUACGCUUGGACGCUGGCCCACCGAUAUCCCGCGCUCGACGGCAGAUUUUUCAUCCGGCGUGAACCCCUGGCGAAACGAGGAGUCGCGAUGGCACCGAAGACGACGUCGCCAAAAUGUCGAUAUGACUCUCGAGCGAUGAAUGAGUUUUAUAUUGUAAUCUGUAAAAGAAUUUCACCGUGAAAUUACAACUGUAAUAGUGGGCAAUGUUGGGUCUAGGUAGAUUUGUCUAGGUAGAUUUAUGUAAAA